CCAAUGACCAAUUUGACCUUAGACCAACAAUCCAUAUAGGGUGUCGAGAAGGAACACACGGCGCUCAAGAACCGAUACUCCGAUAGCCGUCAGACUGCGAGAGAUAGCAAACCACCAUGGCGUCUUCUCUAUCGCCACCGGAGGUUCGCAUGGAACUUCACUCAGUGAACCGCGAGAAGCUCCUCAAUUCUCUACGAGCCAAUCUCUCUUCUUUCUCUCGUCCCUCUCAAGGCUUCGUGUUCUUGCAGGGAGGCGAGGAUCAAAGUAGAUACUGCACUGAUCACGAUGAACUAUUUAGGCAGGAGAGCUAUUUUGCGUACCUGUUUGGAGUAAAAGAGCCUGGGUUCUAUGGAGCUAUUGAUGUAGCAAGUGGGGAGUCAAUGCUAUUUGCUCCCAGAUUACCAGAUUCUUAUGCAGUUUGGCUGGGAGAAAUAAAGCCUGUAUCCUAUUUCAAGGAAAUAUAUAGGGUUAACAAGGUCCUUUAUACAGAUGAGAUUGUCCAUGUUUUGUUUGAUCUCUAUAAAGGAAAGGGCGAUCCCUUGUUGUUCCUUCUACAUGGGCUCAACACCGACAGUGAAAAGUUCUCCAAACCCGCAGAAUUCCAGGGCAUUGAGAGCUUUGAGAGAGAUUUAGAUACAUUACAUCCUAUUUUGGCUGAAUGUCGUGUUAUAAAGUCUACUUUGGAGCUUGCUCUCAUCCAAUUUGCCAAUGAUAUAAGCUCAGAAGCUCAUGUUGAGGUUAUGCGAAGUAUAAAAGUGGGUAUGAAAGAAUACCAGUUAGAGAGCAUGUUUCUUCAUCAUACCUAUUUUUUUGGUGGAUGUAGGCAUUGUUCGUACACAUGUAUAUGUGCUACAGGUGAAAAUGGUUCUGUUCUCCAUUAUGGUCAUGCGGCAGCUCCAAAUGACAAGAUACUAAGGGUAAGGCCAAGGCCUAGGAAGAUGACGAGGGAGUGGAACGCGUGCCAAGAUGAGUUAACGGGAACGACCUUGGUGGCUUCUAGCUAGAUAAUAUUUGGUUUCAGUAUUUCAGUGUUAUAAUAAAGUGACUUAUAUUACUUUAUUUUUUUUUUUAUUUGAGGAUUUGAAGUUUUAGCAAAUUCCUGGAUCCAGGUGGUUAUCACAUGUGCUGGUGAUAACUAUAUUUUAUUGAGUUUUUAUUAAGAGUUAUACUUUAAUUAUAUUUGAGAUUUUAUCAGGGUUAUUUUCUUAAAUAGACGGCCGUUAAUUGCAGUUAUUUUUAAAAGUAGUAAGUUAGUGUAA